UUCAAGAUGGCGCAGAUGUUACUCGGAAGAUACGUCUGUCAAAGCUGUCGUAACUUUGCCCGUGUAGGCCUUCACGAUACACGUGCAAAUCAAUAUUUCGUUGGCGCUUCAGUUCUGCCAAGCAGAUUACGACAAGGGGAAUGCAGCUCACAACAGAUAAGGUGGUAUGCUUACAGACGGCCAAAUGAACAACCUGGAUUAAUAGGACGGUUUAUAGAAAACAUAAAGGAAGGCUUUGAGAGGAAUAAAGAAAUGCAGGAAAAUAUCAAGAAAUUUCAAGAAGAAGCAAAAAAAUAUGAGCAGUCAGAAACAUUGUCAACCAGAGUUAAGGUUGUAAACAAGAUAAAGGAUAGUGUAUCAGGUGCAUCGAUGAGGACUUCUGCUGUGGUCAAGAGCUUCUCAGGAGCCUUUUCAACGAAAGUCUCCAAGGCAUAUGAAGAUGCAACUACAAGUGAAGCCUUUAAAAAGGGCAAAGAGGUCACUGAAGAGUUUGCCAAAUCUGCCAAGGAAGCUGCAUCUAAGGUUCAAGAACAGGGUGAAAUUAUUGGAAAAACAGAAACAUUUAAGGCUGUGUCUGCAGGCUUAAAAACUGUCAAGCAAGAGGUUCUUGAUGAAGAAUUGCAAAAAUCAAGACCCUACAGAACUCCAGAAAAGCUUCGGAGGAGAACUGGAGUAGAAGGAGAAAUGUCCAAAAAAGAGAGAAGAAUUGAAGCAAACGAGGAUGCUACAGGGGUUGUACUGCAUAAGGACUCCAAAUGGUACCAACAGUGGAAGGAAUUCAAAGAUAAUAACCCUGUUGUCACUGGUCUUUUUAAUCUAAAAACAAAAUAUGAUGAAAGCGACAACGUCAUGGUCAGAGCAUCAAGAGUAGUGACGGAUAAGCUACAAGAUAUUUUUAGCGAUGUGUUUUCACAAUCUGACACAGCCAAGACAAUGGCUGAAAUCUCAAGAAUUGAUCCACAGUUUAACAAGGACAGCUUUCUAAAAGAGUGUGAAUUUGAAAUUAUCCCUUCAGUUUUAGAGGCUUUCCUUAAAGGUGACCUGGAGAUCUUAAAAGACUGGUGCCACGAACCGGCAUAUAAUGUAUUAGCUGCCCAGAUCGAACAAACCAGACAGCUGGGACAAAAACUUGAAGCAAAAAUCCUGGAUGUCAGAGAUGUCGACGUUGCAAUGGCCAAGGUCAUGGAACAAGGGCCCGUUUUAGUGCUGACGUUUAUGGUCCAGCAGAUAAUGAUCCUUAGAGACGCUGUUGGUAAUAUCGUUGAGGGCGGUGAAGAUAACAUUGAAAAUGUCAGCUACGUUUGGGCACUAUGCCGAGACCAAAGCAUUUUGGACCACAGAUCAGCGUGGAGAGUGCUGGAAUUUGGAAUACAAAACAGCAGCUCAUGGCUUUGACAAGUGCUAAUAACAUUCAUGUCUAGCUGCUCGAGAAUUUUAUUUUUAGUUUCAGAACACAGAGUAGAGGAGACUUUUAAUAUUCACUGACAAUGUCUGCGUAAAUGUAUUUAUCUGUGAAGAUGAAGUAACACAAAGGCAACACAGUACUCUGACGGCUCAGUUACAACUUGUAAGCUUUCUCUCUUUACAGGCUUUAAGGCGAUUUUGCAGUACUUGGUACUUUCGGCUAGGCAUAAGAUGAACUCAAAACUCGCGAGACACAUGUGCCUAAAACGCGCGUGUUGCGCGCGCUUCUCGCGUUACCGAUGACCACAUCUCGAAAUUACCCUCUCCUGAUGUAAUCCAGGGUUUUAGGAAGAGAAAAUUUAGAAAAAAUAUACGAACGCUGAAAUGAUCUCUAUCUUUGCUUUACUUGCAGCGAUUGAAAGUGUUGUAGACUAUCGGUUUUGUUGAUUUGAAAAUACAACGCUCGUUCAGUGAUUGACAAUCA